CAUAUAUCCGCAGCCAUUUCGGCUCAAGCGAUUUUCCGACCAGCCCUGCACGAUUUUGUAACCUCGUCAGAGUCCCUCGGCUGUUGACGUCAUGGCGCUGUGCGACUCCGCGGCCUGCUUCGUGGGCGUCCCCACCGCGGCGGCUCAGGGCCCUUCGCCAGCUCUCCGUGCCUCCAUCUCCCAGCCGCGCGUCGAGAACGGCGCGAGCUCGGGCUUCAACACCAGCGCCGCGUGCUCCCUCGUUGCGGCCGGCGUCGUGGGUGUGGCCGCGAGCCGCCGCCGCUCAUCCGCGAAGGUGACCAGGGAGGCGGUCGGCGUCGGCAUCAACGGUUUCGGGCGCAUCGGGCGCCAGGUGGCCCGCAUCGUCAUGAAGGACCCAGAGACGGAGCUCAAGCUGGUGAACGCGAGCUACGAUGCGGAGUACCUUGCGUACCAGAUGAAGUACGACUCGAUCCACGGCAGGUACGAUGGCACUGUCGAGGUCGACGGGGACUCCUUGGUUAUCGACGGGCACAAGGUGGCGCUGUCGCACACCCGUGAUCCGGCAGAGAUCCCCUUCAAGGAGCACGGUGCGGACUACGUCUGCGAGUCCACUGGCGUGUUCCUGACCGAUGAGAAGAUCCAGCCGCACCUCAAGGCGGGCGCGAAGAAGGUCGUGUUCUCGGCCCCGGCUAAGGACGACAGCCACACCAUAGUGAUGGGCGUGAACCAGGACACUUACAAGAGUGACAUGAACUGCGUCUCGUGCGCUUCGUGCACCACCAACGGCCUCGCACCCAUGGUGAAGGCUGUCAACGACGCGUUCGGCAUUAAGCGGGGCCUGAUGACCACCAUCCACGCCAUGACCGCGUCUCAGCCAACUGUGGACGGGGCGUCGAAGAAGGACUGGCGUGGUGGCCGCGCGGCGUCGGGCAACAUCAUCCCCUCCUCGACGGGGGCGGCCAAGGCGGUGGCCAAGGUCGUACCAGAGGUGGCGGGCAAGCUCACCGGUAUGGCUUUCCGCGUGCCCACCAUCGACGUGUCGGUCGUGGACCUCACUUGUGAGCUGGAGAAGGCGACGACCUACGAGGAGAUCUGCGCCGAGAUCAAGAGGCGUUCCGAGGGCGACAUGAAGGGGUUCUUGGGCUACUGCGACGAGGCCCUCGUGUCCACUGACUUCGAGACGUGCCCCAUCUCCAGCACGUUCGAUUCAAAGGCUGGCAUCAUGCUGGACCCCACGUUCGUGAAGCUCGUGGCCUGGUACGACAACGAGUGGGGCUACUCGUGCCGCGUCGUUGACCUGAUCAAGCACAUGGCCAAGGUCGACGGAGCAUAGGGUGUAUGACGGUGCCCAUCGCAUCGCCACUCUGCAUUCGCUUCCCGAUAGCUUUUUGCUAUUUCUCUGUUGGCAGCAGCGGCCCAACGUGGCACUGCGAGUCGACACCCUCGGAGCUUCUCAGGAGUGAAAAAGACUGGGAGAUGCAGAGCUAUGCUGGGACGUGUCGGCGCUGUUAUGACAACUUUUGGGAAGAUCAUGCGAGCACGACUGACAUUCAGCAAGCACCUUGAGAUUUUGGAGUUAUUGUUGAACGCUGUGUUUCCUCCGCAGAGCUCGA